UACACACCGUUUUAUGACCUACUUUCUGGCAAGACUCGGGACGAACCAGCCCCAGGUCAAUGUUUCACUGAAUAAAAAAUCAAGAUAACAGGUGUGUUGUGCUUUCUGUACUUCCUUCGUCCUUCGCUUGCUUCUUGUGGACGACUACGAACGACUGUAAAGCAUAGAGAUCUAGAUCUAGAUGUGUCUCCUUGAUAAUGUUCAACUGACUGCUGCCUUCGUUAGUAAAUCGUUCAGUUGAGUAACUUGUCACCACAGUGCCGUGUUCAUCUGAUAUUUAAAACAAAACAUGACUGUUUUUUAACAAAGUCUAGCAAUUCACCAACAAACAGGUGCAUAGUUCAGGAACCAGCAUCCAGGCCUAUAGUCUAAAAAAGUGACUAAUUUCAUCUGCCGCUUGUUCUUGAAAAUUUGGCCUCCUCAUCCAGGGCAUUCUCAUUCUCACUCACUGGAAUCAACGGUGCAGCGUCAGCAAAAGACACAGUUGAUUUUUUUGUCAUUGAUAACUUGCAUCAAACUAUGGAAGGAAACCACGGCAUUGAGCCUGAUCAACAGGUAUUGUUUGUCGGGCUUGUGUGUGUGGAUAUUUUAAAUCACAUGGAGAAGUACCCAAUUGAAGAUCAGGCACAUCGAUGCCUUGAUUGUGUGUGGCAGCGAGGAGGAAAUGCCUCCAAUUCGUCAACUGUUAUUUCUCUUUUGGGAGGAAGUGUAGAGUUUUUUGGCACCUUAUCAGACUCCAAAGAACGGUCCUUUAUAGAGGAGGACUUCAAAAAAUACAAAGUAGAGUUUGAAAGGUGUGUUGUUGUUCCCAACACCUUAUGUCCUAUCUCAGUUGUUAUUUUGAAUAAGGAGACUAGUUCCCGUACAGUUUUACACACAAAUAAAAAUCUUCCAGAGCUAAAGUUGUCCCACCUUCAGGACAAAAUUGACCUAUGCUCAGGCUUAGUAGGAUGGAUUCAUUUUGAAGGAAGAGAUAAUGCUGAAGAGAUGGCAAAAAUGUUAAAAUACAUUGAUCAACAGAAUGAACAAUUGAUUUCUUCUUCAUCUUCUCGCAAACGUAUUAUUACCUCACUAGAGGCGGAAAAACUGCGUCUUGCCCCUCGAUUGGUAGAAUUUGACAUGUGGAGAUUACCAGAUGUUAUGUUUGUGAGCAAAGACUUUGCCCGUACUUUAGGAUACACUGAUAUGGAAAGUGCUGCUCAGGGGCUUUACGAAAGACUGAAACCUGGGGCAGUGCUCAUUUGUGCUUGGGGAGAGCAAGGUGCAGCAGCCAUGUCAGCUCAAAGUGGCCUUGUUACAUCAGCUGCUUUCCCACCGGAUGGCAUCGUGGAUACUUGUGGGGCUGGAGACACUUUUAAUGCAGCUACAAUUCAUGCCUUAUCAAAAGGGAAAGAUGUGAAAGAUUCUAUAACAUUUGGAUGCAAAGUUGCAGGCUUUAAAUGUGGAAUACAAGGAUAUGAAAAUAUAAAAGACUUUAGAAACACUUUGUAGAGUAAAAUAUGAACUUUUUACUCAUGGCAUGUAGAUCUAUAUUCUUUUUGCAUUUACAACAUCAGCUGCUGAAUUACUGUAGGCUAUAAAUAAAUUGUGCAUUCACUUUGUGUGUAGGCCUACCUCACAUGCAGUGGAUGCAUUCUCUAUUAGGCCUGUUUGUUGUUGUUUUUUGGUUCAGUUUCUUUUCAUAUUUUCCAAAACCCUCACAUGAAUUGCUAAUAAUGUAUGCUAGUGAUGUGUUUUGUUGGGCCAGAAAUGUUUAUUAGUUUACACCUAUCCUUAAUAUACUUAGGCCCUAAUAAAUAAACCAAACUAUGUUUCUGCGGGCCCUUAAGAAUUUCAUCUUUAAUCAAAUAGGUUGACUGAUUUUUGUAAUUAUAUGGAAUCCUUGUAAACAGAGUAAUCAAAUUACGUGUUUUGUGAUUUAAUCUGUAAAAAUAAAAGAGCUCC